AUGGCCUCGCGCCCAACGAAACGAGGAGGUUGCAACUCUUCUUCCCUCUUGAAUGCCUGGACUGCUACGCGUAGAGCUACACAAGACAACAAGAGUUCCUUGAGAAGGCACUCAGACAAGCUCACAGAGCAUGGGACGAGCAAGAUGCUCUUCCUUGCCAUCCUUCUCAACUACCUCGACCCGGCCCUCACUCUUGCCUGUGCCUCCAACUACAAGGAGCUAUUAGAUAUAUGGACUUACAUAGGUUUGGAGCAAUCGAAUCCUCGGACACAGGUUGAGAGCACAUAUAGCAAGCUUUCUGAAAAAUGA